UACACCGUGGACCUCCUCAAGGAUAAGAUAGAAGACUUGUCUGAGUCCAACCUCUACAACCUGAGAUGUGCUAAUGAGCGCAAGAAGGUAGGUCUCCUGUAUAUCGUGUUUUUGCUUUUCCAAAUGAAUCACAAAGUCGUUCUCGUCGUCGUUAGAGUCGUUAUUUCUGAUUGUGUAAGCAGUGUCAACACUUAUUAUCUCAUUGGGUGGCGUCUGCCGACUGCUUUCAGCUUCAUACUUGUCAGAGCAUGUAGCACUGCCUCAGUUGCGGCUUGGCUGCUGCGCUAUAUGCCUGGCGCCAAUAUUCGCAGUAAGGAGGGCUCUGACCAUGCUCAUGUGACGUGA